AUGAUGUCGAAAGAGAUGAUAAAGGAACACUCUAUUUUGGACGAUGCUUCCACUCUAUUGAUGCUAUCAAAAGGUCAACACAUUACAAAUAUAUCCCAUCAUGGUGUUUCUGAUAAGAGUAGAGCAGCAGCUGAAGCUCUAGCAGCAGCAGCUAUAAUUCCUUUACCAUUGAAGAGAUCAAAUACUGAAUGCAGUGAGACAAGUUCAUUGCAACCUAAACGAAUGAAAAGUAGUAAUUCUGAGAACCAUGCUGAUAUGAUAGCAAAACCUUCAUGGCCAGUGCCUGAUUAUUACAUUGUUGAUCCAAAUGAUAAUAUAAUAACGUGCAUAUGUGGUAUUGAUGAAGAAGAUGGAUCUCUAAUAAAGUGCGCAAAUUGUAAUAGAUGGCAACAUGCUUUAUGCUAUGAUAUCAAAGAAGAUCAAGAAGCCUUGAGAGAUUUCUUCUUGUGUAAUAUCUGUAAACCAAGAAUGAAAAGAAUGGAUAUUGAAGUAGCUGUGAUCAAGCAGAAGGAGAGAUUAUCUUUAUUAAGUGACAAAUUGAAAAAUAAUUCAUCUGAGGUUAAAAAUGUUAAGAUUGAAGACACUAGAUCAAAUUGUUUGAAUUAUAAAGUUUUAAGUGAAUCCAAAUAUAUUGAUAAAUAUGCAAAACUGUUUAUUGAAAAACAUAAGGAUGAUGAUUGGGUAUUAAGUAUCCAUAAUGAUUCUAUUUCCCCAAUUCCUGUUGAGACAAAGUCAUAUUCAUCAAGUCCAUUUAACGCUGCCUCCACUAAGAAAAACAAAGUUGGUUUAUUUAUCAGUCAAGAUUGCAAAGCAGCUGACUUAAUAGUAGAAGUGGUUGGUGAAAUUGAUUUCCAAAAAAGAUACCUUCAAGAUCCAAAAAAUCAUUAUAGAAUAUGGGGCACAUCAAAACCUAAAGUUUUCUUCCAUCCUCACUGGCCUUUACAUAUUGAUGAAAGGACUUCCGGUAAUAUAACGAGAUUUCUAAGAUACGGUUGUCAUCCAAAUGUUGAAUUGGCAACAAUUCGUACCGAUUCCCAAAAUGAUUCCACACCCUCUGUUAAAUUUUAUUUAAGAGCUAUCAGAGAUAUUAAAAAAGAUGAAGAACUAUGUAUAGCAUGGCAAUGGGAUUUGAGACACCCCAUUAGACCAAUACUCAAAGAUACUUCAAAAUUUGAAACUCUAAAUGAGUUAGAUAAGUAUUCUCUAAUACAUUCUAUUGAUACAAUUUCGAAAAAUUGUGAAUGUGGUUGCGGUAACAACAACCCAGAUUGUAAUCUUUUUAAAGUAAACCAAUUUGCAGAAUCUUUCUAUAAAGCUACGAAAUCAAAGUUGAACAACCGAACUAGAUUGAGUGAAAUUUUGAAGAGCUAUCCAAAAUCAAGGGAUACCGUAAACAAAGGUAGCACUAAUGGGACUGCUUUGAAAACCGAAUCAUCCAGCAAUAUGCCUACAUUAACAGAAUCAAAACAAUUAUAG